GACAAUUAUCAAUACAGAGCGCUCGAUCGCGAUACAUAUAUAGAUUUAUUUAUUUUUUAACCAAGCCCAUCCCUUCCCCCUCGCCCUCACCCCACGGCAAUGUCCAAGGGCUUGAAGAAGAAAAGCCACUGGACCAGCCGAGUCCAUGAGUGUGUCAUCGUGAGGAACCAGGAGGGCCAGCUGGGCUUCGAGCUAAAAGGGGGAGCCGAGAACGGGCAGUUCCCGUACCUGGGGGAGGUCAAGCCGGGCAAGGUGGUCUACGAAAGCGGCGGCAAGUUGGUGCCCGAGGAGCUCCUCUUGGAAGUGAACGAGACCCCCGUGGCCGGGCUCACCAUCCGGGAUGUGUUGGCCGUGAUCAAGCACUGCAAGGACCCCAUCCGGCUCAAGUGUGUCAAGCAAGGAGGCAUUGUGGAUAAGGAUCUUCGUCACUACCUCAAUUUAAGGUUCCAGAAAGGUUCAGUGGAUCAUGAACUCCAACAGAUAAUCCGUGAUAAUCUCUACCUCCGAACUGUGCCAUGCACUACAAGGCCUCAUAAGGAGGGAGAAGUCCCUGGUGUGGAUUAUAUUUUCAUCACUGUUGAAGAUUUUAUGGAACUAGAGAAAAGUGGUGCUCUUUUAGAAAGUGGAACAUAUGAAGACAACUACUACGGUACUCCAAAGCCUCCGGCAGAGCCAGCCCCAUUACUGUUAAAUGUAACAGACCAGAUACUCCCAGGUGCAACCCCCAGUGCUGAAGGCAAGCGCAAAAGAAAUAAGUCAGUGAGUAAUAUGGAAAAGACGGGAAUAGAGCCUCCAGAGGAAGAGGAGGAAGAAAGAGCGAUCGUCAAUGGGAAUGGUAUAGCGAUAACACCAGAAUCAAGUGAACAUGAGGAGAAGAGUACAGGUGCCUCAGGUGAAGCUUCUUCACAGCCUUAUCCUGCACCCUUAUACAGCCAACCCGAAGAGGCAAAGGAAGAUAUGGAUGUAACAAAGCAGCCCAAACCUGAAGAAAAUGAUGAGCUGGGACCGUUACCUGACAAUUGGGAAAUGGCUUAUACAGAAAAGGGAGAGGUCUACUUUAUUGACCACAACACAAAGACAACAUCAUGGCUGGAUCCACGACUUGCAAAAAAGGCUAAACCUCCCGAAGAGUGCAAAGAAAAUGAUCUUAAUCUAAUGGGUUGGAUCCAAAGGUUCCCUUCUUCCAAUGGAGGAAGCUUUCCUCUGACAGAGGAAGAGAAUAAAGAGCUACCAUAUGGCUGGGAGAAAAUUGAUGAUCCCAUUUAUGGCACUUAUUAUGUUGACCACAUAAACAGAAGGACACAAUUUGAAAACCCAGUUUUAGAAGCAAAAAGGAAGCUACAGCAGCGUACCAUGCCCAACGCAGAACUUGGGACCAAGCCUAUGCCGGCUCAAGGUUUCCGAGUAGAAAGCUCCUCAUCAACAUUACCUAGGCCCAAACAUGUUCACCCGCGCCCUGCUCCUCUGAGGUCUCGCAGUGUGAGUGACCUGUCUCAGUGUCGGCGGGACAUUGCUGGAGUGUACAGGCUGUAUGAAAAACCGCUCUUCACCCGAGAUGCCUCACAGCUGAAGGGGACUUUCCUCAGCACAACUCUUAAAAAAAGCAAUAUGGGUUUUGGAUUUACCAUCAUUGGUGGAGAUGAGCCUGAUGAAUUUCUCCAGGUGAAGAGUGUCAUUCCCGAUGGGCCUGCAGCACAGGAUGGCAAAAUGGAAACAGGUGAUGUCAUUGUCUAUAUUAAUGAAGUUUGUGUCCUUGGGCAUACUCACGCAGAUGUAGUCAAACUCUUCCAGUCUGUUCCCAUUGGUCAGAGUGUCAACCUGGUGCUUUGUCGUGGAUACCCUCUGCCCUUUGAUCCUGAAGAUCCUGCCAACAGCUUGGUGCCACCACUUGCAGUCAUGGAGAGGCCUCCAGUAGUAGUAAAUGGAAGACAUAACUAUGAAACUUAUUUGGAAUACAUUUCUAGAACUUCUCAGUCUGUUCCAGAUGUAACAGAUCGGCCACCACAUUCCUUGCACUCCAUUCCAGCAGAUAGUCAGCUUGAUAGCACAUUCCCACCACCCGCUCAUGAUGAUAAUGUUUCAAUGGCUUCUUCGGGGGCCACGCAAGCUGAACUCAUGACCUUAACCAUUGUGAAAGGGGCCCAGGGCUUUGGCUUCACUAUAGCAGACAGUCCCACAGGACAGAGAGUGAAGCAAAUUCUAGACAUUCAGGGGUGCCCUGGUUUAUGUGAAGGUGACCUCAUUGUUGAGAUCAACCAGCAGAAUGUACAGAACCUGAGCCAUGCAGAAGUAGUGGAUAUACUUAAAGAAUGUCCAGUUGGAAGUGAGACUUCUUUGAUUAUCCAUAGAGGAGGAUUCUUUUCACCAUGGAAGACUCCAAAGCCUAUGAUGGAACGAUGGGAGAAUCAAGGGAGUCCACAGACAAGUUUAUCUGCUCCAGCUAUACCACAGAAUAUUCCCUUUCCACCUACCCUUCACAGGAGUUCUUUUCCUGAUUCAACAGAGGCCUUCGACCCAAGAAAACCUGACCCAUAUGAGCUGUAUGAGAAAUCACGAGCUAUUUAUGAAAGUAGGCAGCAAGUGCCGCCCAGGACUGGUUUUCGAAUGGAUUCCUCUGGUCCAGAUUAUAAAGAAUUGGAUGUUCACCUUCGGAGAAUGGAGUCUGGAUUUGGCUUCAGAAUUCUUGGAGGAGAUGAACCUGGACAGCCAAUUCUGAUUGGAGCAGUAAUUGCCAUGGGCUCAGCAGACAGAGAUGGCCGACUACAUCCUGGUGAUGAGCUGGUCUAUGUGGAUGGAAUUCCAGUGGCUGGCAAAACCCACCGAUAUGUGAUUGAUCUCAUGCAUAAUGCAGCUCGAAAUGGGCAAGUGAAUUUAACUGUGAGAAGAAAGGUGCUACCCACAGACUCCUGGAGUCAGAAAAAUGCUCUCCAACCUGGUGCAACGCCCCCUAGCAGCUCCCCAAACCCUAGGAAAAUGGCCAGUAACCAAGGAGAACCAUGUCCAGAGAAUGGUAGAAGUCCAGGCUCUGUGUCCACACACCACAGUUCUCCAAGAAGUGAUUAUGCCACAUAUGCGAACAGCAAUCAUGCUGGAUCGAGUAGCAACGCUACACCCCCAGAGGGCUUUGCUUCGCACAGCUUGCAAACAAGUGAUGUUGUCAUCCAUCGCAAAGAGAGUGAAGGGUUUGGCUUUGUUAUCAUUAGCUCCUUGAACAGACCUGAAUCGGGAUCUACAAUAACUGUACCCCAUAAAAUAGGUCGGAUAAUUGAUGGGAGCCCUGCUGACCGCUGUGCGAAACUGAAAGUUGGAGACCGGAUCUUAGCUGUGAAUGGCCAGUCUAUUAUUAACAUGCCUCAUGCAGAUAUUGUGAAGCUAAUUAAAGAUGCUGGUCUUAGUGUAACUCUUCGCAUCAUUCCUCAGGAGGAGCUGAACAGCCCAGCUUCUGCACCCAGCUCAGAGAAGCACAGCCCCAUGGCGCAACAGCACAGCCCCAUGGCUCAGCAAAGUCCCCUUUCGCAGCAGAGUCCUGUAGCACAGCAAAGCCCCGUAGCACAGCCAACACCUCCACAGCCGCUCCAGCCUCAAGGACAUGAAAACAGUUAUAGGUCAGAGGUAAAAGCAAGGCAGGAUGUGAAACCCGACAUCCGGCAACCUCCAUUUACAGACUAUAGACAGCCUUCAACGGAUUACAGGCAGCCUCCGAUAGACUACAGACAUCCUCCAGUGUUGGAUUACCAGCAACCACCUCCACUGGACUACAGGCAGCCUCCUUUGAUAGACUACAGGCAACAUUCUCCUGAUACCAGGCAAUAUCCCUUGUCAGAUUACAGGCAGCCCCAGGAUUUUGAUUAUUUUACCGUUGACAUGGAAAAAGGAGCCAAAGGAUUUGGAUUCAGUAUUCGAGGAGGACGGGAGUACAAAAUGGAUCUUUAUGUGUUGAGGUUGGCAGAAGAUGGGCCAGCAAUAAGAAAUGGGAGAAUGAGGGUAGGAGAUCAAAUAAUUGAAAUUAAUGGGGAAAGCACAAGGGACAUGACACAUGCCAGAGCAAUAGAACUAAUUAAAUCUGGUGGCAGGAGAGUGCGAUUGCUGUUGAAACGUGGAACUGGACAGGUCCCAGAAUAUGACGAACCAAACUCCUGGAGCUCUCCCGCUGCCACCUCCCCAGGUCUGCCGGAAGUAACCAUUUCCCUUGAUGACAUUGUCUCACCAUUAUCUUCAUCACAUCUAGCCCAACCCUCUGACCCUUCCCACCACAUAAACCCAGAGCCAACCUGGGAUAUUAAGAGGGAACAUGAAAUGAGAAAACCAAAGGAGCUUUCUGCAAAUGGCCACAAAAAGAAAAGGUUAGGAGAGCAAAGAGAGAGGUCUGCGAGUCCUAAGAAGGUAGACAGGUCAAAGCAUGAAGAGGCUUCUAGGAAAGGAAGCUCAGAAGCAAAAAGUAAGACCAGCGAAAGUAGCAGGCCAAUGUCAGAAAGUAAGGCGGCUGGACUGAACGUGAUGGCCGAGGCUGGAGUACGAGAUCAUGGGUGCGCUGGAACCAAUGAUGAAUUGGCUGGGAGAUCAAAGUGGCUGGAAGGCCAUAAAGGUAAAGGAUGCCUUGGUACAAAAGAUGCUGAUGUUGCUACAGAGAAGAAAUCGGCUGCAGCUUCUGAACACACCAAGAUAGAUCCCACUGGUGCUAUGAAGGCAUACAGUAGCAAUAGCUGCAGCUCCCAUAGAAGUGAUGUGGAUCACAAUCAGAAGGAAUUGGACAGGAAGCCCAGUGAGUUCCCACGGAAGGGACAUCUCCACUCCAUAAACACACGCAGCACCAACACGACAGCUCGGAAGGCAACUGUCUCACCAGGACCAUGGAAGAUUCCAGGUUCUGAUAAGCUACCUGGUGUACUAAAAUCUGGCACUUCUGCCAUGAGCAGAUAAAUUUGUGACUGUUGUCUUCUAACUGUUUCACAGUGAUGCAGAGCAUCCUUCCUAGCUUCUGUCUCACAUUUUUAGUUUUAUUUAUUUUAACAGUCACACACAUACACACUCAAAACACUGAGGAAUGGAAGCAGUGAUGUGUAAUUCCAUGACAACGUGCAUAGCAUCUCCAUCAUUUGAUCCAACAUGUAGUCACACAGUAUUUAAAUGUGACCCUACAGUCCCCAGUUUCAUUUCAGAGACUUUUGGCAGCUAUGGAAGAAACCAAAAUAAUAUGAAGGACAGUUGACUACAAGGACAGUGCAGUGUAGCUUUAGUAUGUUGUUUUCCACUGCAUGAAGGACUUGGGAUUUUCAUUCAAACUUUAUAUCAAGAAACUGGAAGAAGUUAGAGCAAUCACAAACUGGAACAUCGCCUUAAAAUAAAACUGCACGGAGCAAGCUGAAAGUGGAAAUAGAAUCUUUUACCUGAGUUAAAUGUUGUAUAUAAAUUGUUCUCAACAUAUCCAGAUGAGGGUUUGAAGCAUUUGAAACUGUACAUCCAUGACAUGUCUCCACUGUUAACACUUCGGAAUAGGCCCCUCAGUACCAGUAGCAUAAUUCAUUAUGCAAGGUGAAAAACUCUAGUGGAUUAGCUGGUGCGAUACCAUUUCUACUGCCAUUUUUUGGGUGAAUAAAUCAUAUUUCUGUACGUUAGGAAAAAAAGAGUUAGGGUGGAGUUGUCUAGCCUCAAAAGCAGUCUACCACAGGUUACUCCCUGCCCCUCCCCAUAUGGAUUACCAGAUACUACACCCAUUUUAACACUGACAAUUGCAACAUACAGUUGCCUGACCACUAUGAUAUUGAGGGAGAUUCUUCAAAGAUUCAAAGUUGCGUUUUCCUUUCAGAACAACUUCUGUCUCCUGAAGGAACUCAUAACUGUUUCAGCACUUGGUCAGCUUUCUUUUAGUAUGACCAUUUUUGACUUCUGUUCCGCCAUCACACUCUAAGAAUCUGAGAACAGAGAUCCAAAAAACUCUAACCCACCUUGUUUGUUAUGUCAAGGUAUAUGUUCACCAGGCAUUUGUCUUGUGCUUUGCUUUUCUUCUUUCCACAGUCUUUCUUGUGUCUUUCUUUCUUUCUUUCAACUUUCUAAUCUCAUGUGCCAUAAGAACAUUUCAUUCUGCACUGAUGAAAUGCUGCUUCUCCAAUGAGCUCCAUUAGUCCAUUGAGAGGUUUGCUAAAAAAAAUGGUAAAAAUAAUUAAAAAUCAGCAACAGCAAUACAAACAAGAGCAAAAAAAAUGCACUCAGUAAUAAUGUAGUGGCUUUUUUAAAAAAAAAUCACAAAGAUGGGCAUAUCUUGGACAUGUCUUUAGCAAACCCUCAGGCCAUCUGGAGAACACACUGCUCCUUGACCGAGCAAAGUCCAGUUGCUGUUUAAGGUCAAUGGACGUUUUGCGUUGGAGAAGAGUGUGAGGAGGUGAGGAGGUGUUAGCCAUUUAAGAUCUGAAGUGGUGGAAGAGAACGGUAUCUUACUAACUCUCCCAAACCAUUUCUCAGGGAGAGCAACUGGAAUUCCAUUUGUCAUUCAGGAGGUAUGGAGACAUAUUUCUAUCAAAGUAGCUAGAAAAGAGGAAUGAAAGGAUUUUGCACCUUUGGAAACAAAAUGCUUAUUUAAGAACUAGUCCCAUUAUAAUUUUUUUAAAAAGCACAAAGAUAUGUAGCUGUUUACAAAAAUAUAUAUAUAGUUUUUAAUUAAGAAAUUAGAGAGAUAUCUUUAUCCCCAAUCUAGAUAUUUGGCAUAAUUUGCAGUUAAUUUAUUAAAUCUGGAUUUUGGAUAGAGCAUUCCUAAUCCAAAUGGAAAUGCAUGUCCGGCUAUAUUAUUUCUUACACAUAAGGAACAGGAGGAAAAAAUCAAUGGGGAAGAAAACCAACCAACAGUUGAGAUUAUGCUUGCAUAAACUCUAAUUUGCACAGGGGCCAGCAAUUCCUUGUGCAAUUCUUGCUAUAUGCAGCUUAAUUGAUAACCUGUGAAGACAGCACAUCAUCUAAACCCCAUUCCAAAUAAUAUUUCUGUGUAGUGUUAGCUGUGAAUUUACCUUGUACAGCUCUAUUGCUAUAAAUAUAAUUCCAUGUAUUAAUAGUCACAGAAAGGCUGUAAGUGAGCAACUAUUUUUAUGAAACGCACCACUAUGGAUAAAUUAACUUUUACAGAAAUCUUGUUUACUGUAUGAUAUUCUAAACCACUCAAAUAAAAUAUAUAUC